CUUGCAGUGGCGGCGUUCUAGUGACGUCACUCAGCAUGGCGGCUCUGCAUGGACUGAGGGUCUUGGGCUGGUGCAGCGGGGCCGGUGUGGCAGUACGCGCCGCCUCGUGGCAGUUCCAUCGAACCCCUUUACGUAGGGGGCAGCUUCAUUUGGCAUUGCAGGGGUUUGUCCAGAGGGGGCGCCUGUUCAGCUCAGAGGUGAAGGGCGAGGACGAGCUGAGGGUCAAAUACCUGGAGGGAGAGGAACAAGGAAUCGUGGUGCUGGGGAUAAAUAGACCACAAGCAAAAAAUGCUAUCAGUAAAAAUCUGGUUAAAUCGAUGAUGAAGGCAGUAGAUUCACUGAAGAGCAAUAACAAAGUACGGACGGUAAUCCUGCGGAGUGAUGUUCCGGGAGUGUUUUGUGCUGGUGCUGAUUUAAAAGAAAGGGCAAAAAUGCAUCCAAGUGAAGUAGGACCAUUUGUAUCAAAGGCAAGAGCUCUGAUGAAUGAGUUCGCAAAUCUUCCAAUGCCCACUAUUGUUGCUUUGGAUGGGGUUGCUUUAGGAGGAGGCCUGGAGAUGGCAUUGGCUUGUGACAUCAUCGUUGCAGCAUCAUCAGCAAAAAUGGGUUUGGUUGAAACCAAACUGGCCAUCAUUCCUGGAGCAGGAGGUACGCAACGACUGCCCCGCGCAGUUGGAGUUGCUCUGGCUAAGGAACUCAUCUUCUCGGCUCGUGUCUUAGACGGUAAUGAAGCAAAGUCGGUGGGAUUAGUUAGUCACGUUGUAGAACAGAAUGACGACGGGGAUGCAGCCUACAGAAGAGCUGUUGCUUUAGCUCGAGAAUUUACACCUCAGGGACCUAUAGCAUUGCGAAUGGCUAAAUUGGCAAUCAACCAAGGCAUUGAGGUUGAUCUGGCAACAGGCUUAGCCAUAGAGGAAGCUUGCUAUGCUCAGGUUAUUCCGACAAAAGAUAGACUUGAAGGCUUACUAGCAUUUAAAGAAAAAAGACCACCUCGAUACAAGGGAGAGUAAAGGAGCACAUUGAUGCCUUUAUAGUGAACACGGAAGAAGAUUUUGGGACCUUCUAAAGACGUAUUGCCUCAGUUCAUGGAGUUUCAUAACCAUGACAAAUAAUUGAAAGCAUUAUGCUGGAAUGUGCUCACAUACCUGACCUAAGUCUGCAUUUCAAAUCAUUCUCAUAGUUAGUGAAGGUGCUUGUGCCUACGUGCAAGGUCAGAUUCAUAAGCCUUUGCAACCUGCGUGGAAUGAAAUAGUCCUUCUUUUUAAGCUGCAGUGAUGGGCUACACACAGACAUGACUGUGUUUUUUUUUGUUAUUGCUUUUACGAAGCAUAUAACCCAAUGCUGUACCCUUAGGAAAAUAAGAAUAAGAAAAGAGAAAAAAAGCCAUAGAACAUUGAAAUACAUCAUAAUAAAAAAUGUGUACCUCUGAAUGUAAUCCUAUAAAUAAAAUAUGACGGAAA